AUGGCACUCGUCUGGCUCAUUACCGGAACUUCCUCCGGCUUCGGAACCGAGUUCGUCAAAGAGGCUCUAGCCCGCGGCGACAAGGUAAUAGCAACCGCUCGCAACGUUGCCAGAAUCUCCCACCUCGCAGAGCUCGGGGCCAGUACCCUGGCGCUGGACAUCACGGCUCCGCAGCGAGACCUGGACGCCAAAGCAGCGGAAGCGAUUGCAAUCCACGGCCGGGUGGACGUGCUGGUGAACAACGCGGGCUACGGACACUUUGGCACGCUGGAGGACAUGCGAGACGACGAGUAUGCGACCCAGUUCGCGACGAACCUGUUCGGCACCCUCAACACCACCCGGGCGUUCUUGCCUCAUUUCCGAGCCCGCGCGUCGGCCACGAUCGUGACCAUGGGCUCCAUGGCUUCGUGGCAGACCUGGCCGACGAUCGGAGCGUACUCUGCUUCCAAAGCCGCGCUGCGCCUUGCGACAGACGCCCUGCGCCUGGAAGUGUCGUCGCUGGGCAUCCGAACCCUGCUGGUGGAACCGGGCCAAUUCCGCACGGAGAUCCUCACCGCGCGGAACUCCGUGUUCAUGCAGACCGGCGUGCCCGCGUACGAGGCGAUCACGCGCGGGGUGUUCGAUACGUUUCAAAACGCGGCCGGGAAGGAGAGGGGCGAUGCCCGCAAGGGAGCGGCGCGGAUCGUUGAUAUUGUUCGAGGGGAGAACGGGGCCGCUGGGCGCGAGUGGCCGAGGACGGCGGCGGUGCCCCUGGGACAGGAUGCAGUGGACCGUAUCCGCACAAGCUGCGAGGAGACAUUGAGGAUGCUGAGCGAGUGGGAGGAUGUUGUUACGGGGACGGAUCUGGACUCUUGGACCCCGUGA